AUGAAGAAUAAGGCAGUUGAUGAAAAUUCAGAACUUGUUCAUCAAUUCUACUUUGUCAAGCUCUGGCCAACAAUUCCAGAUUCAAUCCCUCGAAUAAAAAAGGAAGAGAAAGUGAUUAAGACAAUGAGUCAGGACAUUUUGGAAAUCACUAAAAAGAUCGCAAAGAAAACGAUAGAAAAAGAGUAUCUUGAUUUUUAUAUGGCUCUUGAUGAGUUGAAUUUCAGAAAUGUUAAAAUUGAAAAUGAAGGAUGGUUUGGAGAAAAGCUUGAUAAAAAUUCUUUGAAUUAUUUGAGACUGCAUGGAAGCAAAAGUUUGGGUGAGGAGAAAAAAAUUAUGAGGGACAUAAAGAUUCAACAGAAAGAUGUUUCUCCAUUCAAAUCACUAGAAGUGCUUAAGCAAACGUUAUUGUGUAACGGAGGGAGUUUAUUCUUUACUCGGAGAGUUAAAAACUUGGAGCAGAUGAUUAGAGAGAAUUAUUACUUAAGUGAUCGACAAAAACUCGUAAUAGAAAUUGAACAAUUUCAAAUCCAGCACAAGGAUCGAGCUUCCAAGUAUGAUUCCUUGAAGAAAAAUAUAAAAGAACACAUCAAGCUUCUAUGUGGUGAUGAUUCUUCGAAAAACAGAAAAGAAUGGAUGGAAUUAGGGACAAGAAGUAAACAUAAUGAGAAAGAACAAGUAGCUAUAAAUGGAGAAUUGUAUUCUUUGAAAGAAAAAUUGGCAGAGAAGCAUAAGAAAAAGACAGAAGCACAUAAUAUGCUUUGGGAAUUGAACAGAUUGUAUCAUGAGGAGAAUAUCCCCUAUUAUAGGCAUUGUUCAUUUAUGAAUAAAGUUUAUCGGUUGGCUGCAGAAAAAGAUGUAGCAGCUCUUGAUGAGAUGUCAAGUUUAAAGGUUGAAAAGUUUAUGUCAGAAUGGAACAAUAACAAGGCUUUCCGAGAAGAUUACGAGAAGAAGCUUCCGCAAUCAUUAGAGAGACGGCAACUAUGUAGUGAUGGGAGAAGAAGAACAGAUAAAUCAUGCAGUAGUAUGCUUUAG